AUGAGUCGAAAAGAUGAAGAUCAAAUACUUUUGGCGAAUGAAAGCCUUGCAAAUAAGUCCUUGGCGCUUUUAAUCAGCGCAUUUUUGACACUUUUGACCCUGUUGAUCUCAGGACAGAAAGACAGCAUAAACUUGGGCUACAAAUUAUAUAAUGCAGAUAUUUGGCCAAAUAUAGCGCUAGCUAUAUUCCAGCCUAGCUGCAUGGAUACGUUUUCUAGAUACCAAAAACAGAUAAAUAUUUUGUUGAGAAAGCAAAUUUCUGGGAUGUUAAAUUGUUUGGAAACAUUGUAUAAAAUUAAUCAGCUGCAUCAUUUGGAAGACAGUUUUCGAUAA